AUGUGUUCUGCCGAAAUUCUCUGUGGACUGCAGCACCUUCAUUCUCUACAGAUUGUCCACAGAGAUCUAAAACCAGAGAACAUUCUUCUGGAUAACGCCGGGCACGUCAAGAUUGCCGAUUUUGGCCUGUCGGCUAUGUUCGUCACGGAGAAAAACAGAGUCACAAGUUGCGCGGGGACGCUAUGUUACAUGGCCCCUGAAGUCUAUUACCAAUGGCCAUACUAUUACCCCGCUGACUAUUUCUCAUUUGGGAUAAUAGUAUAUGAGAUGGCCUUAGGGGAGCAUCCUUUUUAUACUGGACAGGAGACUGAAAAGCAGUUGGUCACUUCCAUGUACACCAAGGAACCCUAUUUCCUACGGCACUUGAACUUUUACCUGCAAGAACUCUUACUCAGACUUUUACGUCUUGACCAAGAGCAACGUGCGCACCUGGUGUGCAAUCUCAGAUCACACCCUUUCUUCAAGGGUAUUGACUGGGAAGAGAGAUAG